UAUCAAAUCGUAUCGUCCCUUGAAAAAGCCUAUUAUUUAUUCUCCUACACUCUCUCUCUCUCUCGUUCGCUUCUUUGAACUUAGGGCUAACUCUAACUCGCUUCUUUUGACUCACAAGCCAAAACGAUCUCUAUGUGCAUCGCUGAUCCGCCUUUCAGGCCGUAGAUUUAAUAUUUAUUGGAAAAAGCUUUUUGAUCAAAUUUCUAUACCUUACUCAAGACAAGGACAGCUACUUCACCACAAGGAAUGAUUUUUCGCAUGAUCUAUUGACAUUUUGGCAAUGUCGGGUUUACUUAAUGUAUUGACACUUUUCUGUAUAACCUAGUUGUACUUGCAUGCUCCUGGACUAUUGUCUCCUUGGUGAUUAUUAGUCUUCGCUAAACAGUUCAGCUUCAAAUGUUCCAGACAGUACUGGACGUUCUUUUACAACUUCUUUCUCUGGCCAUUCUGGUGCGGCAUCUCCUGUUUUUCAUCAUACUGGAACCAUUCAAGGGCUGCAUAACAUCCAUGGGAGCUUUAACGUUCCCAACAUGCCAAGUACACUUACAUCAAGAAAUUCUACAAUAAGUAAUGUUCCUUCUGGUGGAGUUCAACAACCUACAGGGAGCCUCUCUAGUGGUCGCUUUGCAUCCAAUAAUCUUCCAGUCGCCCUCUCUCAGUUGUCUCAUGGCGGCUCUCAUGGACAUUCAGGAGUCACAAAUAGAGGAGGCAUAAGUGUCGUAGGAAAUCCUGGAUUUAGUAGUAACACAAAUGGAGUUGGUGGUUCCAUUCCUGGGAUUCUUCCAACCUCUGCUGGAAUUGGCAACCGGAGUGCUGUGCCAGGAUUGGGAGUAUCCCCAAUCUUGGGAAAUGCAGGACCUCGGAUUACAAGUUCUAUGGGAAACAUGGGUGGUGGGGGCAACAUUGGGAGGAGCAUAAGCUCAGGUGGAGGAUUAUCUGUUCCUGGUCUUGCAUCUCGGCUAAAUCUAACUGCUAAUAGUGGAUCUGGAAGUUUAAGCUUGCAAGGACAGAAUAGAUUAAUGAGUGGUGUGCUUCCACAAGGAUCUCCACAGGUAAUUUCCAUGUUGGGAAAUUCCUAUCCAACUGCUGGUGGCCCUCUUUCACAAAGUCAUGUCCAAGCAGUGAACAAUUUUAGCUCUAUGGGAAUGUUGAAUGAUGUGAACUCCAACGACAGUUCCCCUUUUGACAUAAAUAAUGACUUCCCUCAAUUGACAAGUCGUCCUAGUUCUGCUGGAGGGCCUCAAGGACAAUUGGGCUCAUUACGAAAACAAGGUCUUGGAGUUAGCCCUAUUGUUCAACAGAACCAAGAGUUCAGCAUCCAGAAUGAAGAUUUUCCAGCUUUACCAGGAUACAAAGGUGGUAAUGCUGAUUUCACUAUGGAUUUGCACCAGAAAGAACAACUGCAUGACAAUACCAUGUCAAUGAUACAAUCUCAGCACUUCCCUAUGGGCAGGUCUGCUGGAUUCAAUUUGGGGGGAACUUAUUCAUCUUAUCGUCCGCAACAGCAGCAACAUGCUCCAGCUGUCAGUGGUAGUGGUGUCUCCUUUUCACCUGUAAACAAUCAAGAUCUUCUUCAUGGUUCAGAUAUAUUUCCAUCUUCACAUACGACCUAUCACUCACAGACCAAUGGACCACCUGGGAUUGGACUGAGACCUCUGAAUUCACCAAAUACAGUUUCUGGUAUUGGAUCAUAUGACCAGCUUAUCCAGCAGUAUCAGCAACACCAGAACCAGUCCCAAUUUCGAUUGCAACAAAUAUCAGCUGUCAAUCAACCAUUUAGGGAUCAGGGCAUGAAAUCCAUGCAAGCAGCGCAAUCUGCUCCAGAUCCAUUUGGGUUACUUGGCUUGUUAAGUGUUAUACGGAUGAGUGACCCUGAUCUGACUUCCCUGGCUCUUGGAAUUGAUUUAACAACUCUCGGACUAAAUUUGAAUUCCACAGAAAAUCUUCAUAAGACAUUUGGCUCUCCAUGGUCUGAUGAGCCAGCUAAGGGUGACCCAGAGUUUAGUGUGCCGCAAUGCUAUUAUGCUAAACAACCUCCUGCUCUACACCAAGGAUACUUUUCAAAAUUCACAGUGGAAACGUUGUUUUAUAUAUUUUAUAGCAUGCCAAAGGAUGAAGCUCAAUUAUAUGCUGCAAAUGAACUUUAUAACAGAGGCUGGUUUUAUCACAAAGAGCACCGAUUGUGGUUCAUAAGAGUCCCCAACGUAGAGCCACUUGUUAAGACAAAUACUUAUGAGAGGAUCUUACCACUGUUUUGAUCCAAAUACAUUUGAAAUAAUCCGCAAGGAUAAUUUUGUUGUUCAUUAUGAGGUGUUGGAAAAGAGACCGGUUCUACCUCAACAUUGACAAGUUUUUGUUUACAUUGUAAAGUUUCAGUUAUGUACUCAUUCAUUAGAAUGUAAGUCAGUUUGCAGCAUUUAAUGUUACUUGAAUUUUACAAUUUUUUGGUAAUUGCCUUGUCAAUCCCGUUGCAGUGAGCAGUCAUUUUAGCAAAUAUAUCACUUAGUAAAUUGAAGAUGAUGAAAGCCAAUACAAUAGCUUCAGCGUGCUCUGAAAUAACUAUGCCUAGUAACUGCUCUCCACCUGUAGCUUUCCAUGUUGAAGGGCAGAUUGUGGUUGCAGGUCAUAACCAUAGAUUACAAGUUCCUAUUUCUGAACAAUAAGUGAUACCAACUUAUCUACCAUCCAAUAAAUACAAUGUACUAUGGUUAUGUGUCGAGAUUAACAAGUGACGCCAACUUAUCUAGUAUCCAAUUAAUAUAAUUUCCCAUUUCUGGACA